AUGAUCUCAUUUGGGACAAGGCGCCUCAAGACAAGUCCCGAGCUCAAAUGGACGGAUUGUUACACUCAACUGGAAUGCGCCCGACUCCAAGUUCCUCUUAAUUAUUCAAACCCAGAAGGAGAUGCUGCGUCAAUUGCCGUAGUUAGGUUCCCCUCGCCGCUUGCCAAAACGUCUGACUACAAGGGCCCAAUCUUGAUCAACCCGGGCGGCCCAGGCGGCAGCGGCGUGGAAUUGAUGGCACAAAACGGCGCGGUGCUCUCACAGGUGCUGGGUCCCAACUUCGACAUUGUUUCCUUCGAUCCUAGAGGCAUUGGGCGCUCUACACCUCGUGCAUCCUUCUUUGACACCGAGGCUCAACGGCGGUUCUUUGAUACAUCGUUCGACGUGAUAAACGCGACGAGCGACGGCCUAGCCCGUAUCUGGGCGCGGGCGCAGAUAACGGGGGCACUCGCUACACAACAUAAUCAAAACAAUAUAUUCGAGCACUUCAACACCGAGAGCACGGCACGGGAUAUGCUGCGGAUCGUUGAAGCGCAUGGGCUGAAGAAUAUACAGUACUGGGGCUUUUCGUACGGCACAGUACUAGGAGCGACGUUCGCGUCCUUGUUCCCGGAUCGUAUUGACCGUCUUGUUCUUGAUGGUGUUGUCGACGCCGAGAAUUACUUUGCUACCCUUUGGUCCAAUAACUUGCUGGACACCGACAAGACCUUACAAACAUUCUUUGACGGUUGUUUUGAAGGUGGCCCCGACCUAUGCCCUUUCUACGAAUCCUCCCCUCAGGCCAUCUCCCGCAAACUAGACGACUUAACUCGAAGGAUCUUCCUGCGCCCCGUUCCGGUCCAAACAAACAUCUCCUACGGAUUGGUCGACUAUGAACGGCUGCGAAUAACGAUCUUUUCGAGCUUGUACUCGCCAUACGCUGACUUCCCCCGCCUCGCUCAGGGUCUCGCGGACCUCAUGCACGGAAACGGGACGGUCCUCUACCAGAUUCUCGAACAACCCGUAUUUGACUGCGCUUGCGGAACGCCUGCCCCGCUGACGUCGAUUGCGGAUGGCGGCACAGCGAUCCGGUGCACCGAUGGUGCGGAGGUACGCGAUACGGUUGACGAGUUGGAGCCGUUCGUGCAAGGGUUGCUGAGGGAUUCACAAUGGGGAGAAGUUUGGGCUUCCCUGAGGAUUGGGUGCUCGGCUUGGCCUAAGCAAGAAAAGAGACAUUUCAAAGGACCAUUCCUAGGAAACACCAGUCACCCAAUUCUGUGGAUCGGCAAUACUGCUGACCCAGUCACACCGAUCGCUGGAGCACGCAAGAUGGCUAAAGGCUUCCCCGGAUCCGUCGUUUUGACCCAAGACUCGCCUGGUCACUGUUCCAUUGCCGCGCCGUCCGUCUGCACUAUCGGCUUUGUCCGCGCCUACUUUGCGAACGGGACGCUCCCCGAUGAGGGCGUCGUCUGCUCAGUGAUUCAGCCCAUAUUCUCUGGACAGCCUGUGGAUAUCGGGGGUGUGCUUGGCCCACAGAAGCGCCAAGCUUUCGGAGAAGAAUCAGAGGCGAAGGACGAAGAUCUUGUUCAGGCUUUGGCACGUCUUCGCCAGAAUUUUAGAGUGCCGACCCCGUUCUAA